CAAAGUCAAGCUUUUCCAAAAUUUUACAGCAGGAAGCGAAACUUCAGGUAGAGAAACAAAUUUAUAAAGUGUCGUUGUUGAGGCCUCUUCUUGUGGAAUUACUAGUAUUAAUGGAAGUAUGAUCCAAUUUAUAAUAAUCAAAAUAACUGAGUAGAAUUUAUCUGUAUGGAUUGAAUGGUUUCGAACUUCUAAAAUAAAGGCUACAUUACUUUAGUUUUCUUUUCUAUAGAGACAGUUUGAUUUGAUAUAUGGAACACCAUAUUUUUGGAUACUCUAAGGUAUAAAACUAAAACUAUACGAAUCAAAAAGACAAGAAUAAUAGUGAUAGAGUAAACUUUUGCAUUCAGAUAGAAGGUCGUCAGAGUUUGCUUUUAGCAGUGUUGCAACACUUUGACAGUAUUGUGAAUUUCCCGUGCUAAAUUUUCUUAUUGCGUUACUAUUCCCCAACGAUUUUGGAAAGUGCUAAAGGAUGGGACAUAUGGAUAAUAAAUCCUCCAUCCAAACUCGCUCCCCAAGCAGUACGUUUUCUGCAGCCGUACUUUCAUCUGCAAUUAGCAACGUUGUCGGUUUCCCUCUGGACUCUAUAAAAGUUCGCCAACAGACGUACCAAUUUCCAACAAUACGAUCUUGUUUUCAGAAUGCUAUUCAGCACGAAGGUUUCCGUGGCCUAUAUAGGGGGUUUACACUUCCUCUAAUUUCAGCAACCUUGUCACGUUCAGUUUCAUUUACCUUGUAUGAGUCGUUUAAGUAUUCCUUUGAAAAUACACCACCAUCUGCACGUUACUUUUUGUCUGGUUUGGGUACGGGAUCUGUUAUUUCAUUGUUUGCAUGCCCCUUUGAAUAUUCAAAGCUAUAUUCCCAACUACAUGCUCUAAUACGGAAACAAGAAUUACAGAAGAACAUAAGUAAGGACUACAAAUCCUCUCAGCGGCCGCUCUCUUCAUUUCAUAGUGCUAGCGAUAUUGUACGCCGGUACGGGUUUUCUUCUUUAUGGAACGGUUAUAGGUAUCACUUAGCACGGGAUGCAUUUGGUUCUGCUUGUUAUUUCACCAUCUAUGAGACGAUUAAAGGAUUUUUGAUUUCGAAUCAAAUUACUCCUAGUUUUGCAUAUGCGUUUUCAGGCGCUUUUUGUGGUGCUUUAUCUUGGAUAUUAGUUUUCCCAAUUGAUACCGCUAAAUCUAUAAUACAGAAAAACACACUUCUUUCCGUGAAAACACCUCUCUCUUCUAUACCUUGGCUCUCAUUUUCUAUAUAUCGUGGAAUUGGUAUCUCGCUCGUGCGAAGCGCUUUAAUCAACUCUUGCAAUUUUACCCUUUUUGAGGCACUGCGAGAUGCCUCGUUCUUUCAAUAGAAACGCUAUUUAUGAGUAAAAACACUAAGGUUUUAAAUUUAAAAACCUAGACAACUUUUGAAAGUUCUGGUGAAUGAAAACUCAUUAGAAUUUGAAGAUGGUUCCUUCCCUCUUUGCAAAAAAAUGAAUAAAGGAAUCUGUCAAGGCCCUUUGAAACGCGAUAUUCAGUUCUCCUUUAGCCUUUUGGUUAUUUUGUUUAUUUCAGCAGUCUCUCUUUUCUGUCGUGCAAAUUUCAGCUGUGAUAUCGUUCUUGAUUUUGCUUAUGAUCUAUUCGUCUCCAUUGUUGAGUAUUAUGAAGAGAUGAAUUUUUACUAUUUUGUUUUAUAGCUUUUGAUAAUUUCAGGAAAAUGAUUUCUGAUUCUUCAAUAUGUAUAUAUACUUUUUUUGGAUUCAAAGAAUUGGCUAAAGAAACUUGUAGAUAAUUUGAAGAUGCGAGUAUUUCUAUAAAUAUUUAAUAAAUUCAUUAUUGUUAAUGCUAAUUAUAUGCAACCCAUGAGUU